UGGUUGGCGCGGCCCGUGUCCCGUGUGUGUUGUGUUGUGCGGCAAGAAGAACGGCGGCGGCAAUCGUCUGUACCGCGAACGGCGGUAAACCAAUAACAAAAAACGCCGAAAUAUAAUAUAAUAUUAUAAUAUUACAAUCGAAUGACCGUUUCGCCGUUCCCACGGCCUGUUCGUCGGUUUGUGUAAUUAUUGUUUUGUUGUGCAGUUUAACUCGGGAAGUUUUCCUUGUGCUUUGUGUGGCAGACGAUGGCUCGCGGGAUACAGUGACCUCAACUGGGGUACAAGAAUGUACACAUGAACAGGAUAUUCACCUGAAGAGCCGCGUAUACCGGCCGAUUAACAUUAUCUACGCCGUUAACUACUGUGCAGUGGAUACUAUGGCCGAAAAUAUCGCGUUCAGUGACUGGUCGGAAAAGCUUGACACUGCUGGAACUAAUCACUGGCUUCCUGCGUACGGGCUCCAGCAACCGACAGUCAUAGGUAGUGGAAGUGGUGGUCACCGCCAUCUCCACCACGGCCAACAAAACGAUCAUAUCACAUUUGAUUCCGUUGAUCAGGCGGACUAUUACAACGGAGACGACGACGACAACAAUGACGACGAUCUUGGCGAAGGUGACGAUGAUAGCUGGUCUUCGUUUAAUCAGAGCAAUUACGGCGGCAAUAUUGGUAGAAGCACGUCGUAUAUUUUCCUGGAGACAAUCCUCGAAGAAACAUCCGACGAUUUGCGAACCGACUCUGAGAGAAGCAGCGAAGAAGAUUUCAUCAAAGAGGACAACUGGACAGCACCUAAUCGAGACCCGUUCAACUUGUUCAACAAUAAAGCUGUGGCGCUCGCGGUAUACGACAACAACGACCCAGGUGUACACGACGACGACGACAACGUGUUCUUUAGGAGUAACUUUCAGGACCAACAAGGGUGGCCCACCACCGUGAACGCAGGAGGUGGCAGUCUGUUGCAGUUCGAAAACUUAGAAAAACAAUGUGAACAAACUGUGUUCCGUACAACGGCCACUUCGGCUCCAUUCAUGACCAACAGUGCAGAAUCGCUGAACGGCCAACGGACAACAUCAGCGGUAUCGUCGCGCCGUCACAGUUGGAAACACCAACAACAGAAUGACGAUUGCGACGAAUAUGACGAGGACGAGACCACACUAUGCAGUACGCCGUUCUCAAGUUAUGGAGCUGGCGACGGUUCCAGCGUAAAGUCCUUGAGCAAGAGCAUGGAGAGCGUGCACUCGGCGGCCAGCAAAAAACGGAAAAGGGAUAGUAUCGUCAUGGACGUUACGCAGAGCUUAGAAGACCUGCGCCGGGACGACGAACAGUACGACGCGGUCAACUCGCCUGUGGGUACCGGCAUGUACAAGACGGUAGACUGCCUUAUCGAUCCGGCGACGUUUAGGAAACAAAAUAUGGUAGACGCGACGGACGGUUGUAAGAAGGCUGAAGAACUGGCGGCCGUCGGCAAACAACAGAGGUCGUCGGAAAACCUGAGCGAAGAUAGCGGUUUCGGCGAUCAGGUGCCCAGAGGACCGGCCGUCCAUCAAACGUACAAACCGAUUGCCGAGGACGAAAACUAUUUUGAGAUGUCUACUAAAAGCAUACUCGCCAAUGCGGCAGCGGCGGCGGCAACUGAAGAUUGCGGUGACGGCAGGGAUGUGGCAGCGCUCGGCCCGGAGAAGGGGACCGGCGGCGACAACGUCGACUCGUUGUACGACACCAAGUCUAAAUUUAGCCCUGCCUGGCGUAGCUAUCCCGAUCUGGGAGAACGGUCGUCAGUGAACCCGGACUCCGACACCGACGACGACCACGAUCACGGCAGUAUGGCGUCCCGUUUGCCCAUGUCCAGCACGCCAAAUCUGUGCUCCGGAGAUUUGGAUGUGACCACUGGCGAUUAUCUGCGUUCAAAAAAAUUUAUAGACUCGACCGUUUCGCUUAACAGAUCGCACUCGCUGAAACGCAUAUAUUACGAAAGCGAAUCGGCGCUAAGCGCCACUUCGUCCCGGGGUAGCAAUUUAUUGAUGACCACCAGUUUUGUCAAUCUCGCGGUACCUCCAUCCACCAACAAAGGUGUGCACUUCUGUCCGGUCGUGUCUGAAGUGAAUUGGCGCGAGAGUUUCAGCAGCACGACUGACGAAGUUGUCUCAUCCGCUCCGGAAACGGAAGAAGAGGAAAACGAAGCGGAAGACGAUAACAUCGAUACUAUGGUAAUGAAACUUUUGACCGGUCUUUCGUCGGGAACUAAACAGCCCAGCCUAGCGGAAAAGCAACAGCUGCGCGAACGACUCGAUUUCAUUACCGGCGGAUCCCCACCAGUUUCGCAUAGGAUUGGCGGCGGCGGCGCGCCCACCACUACUACCGGUUCGACGGCGGCGGUGGCCGUCGAUGGCGGCGGCAACAACAACCGCAGUGCACAAUCGCGAGCCAACGACAUCGAUAGUUCUACGGUCACCAUGUCCAAAUCGAAAUCGAUCGGCGGAAAACUCGGUGGAUUUUUCCAACGGUUCUCGUUACGCAGGCUGAGCGGCCGGCGUAGUAAAGACAAGAAAAAAACCAAAUCUGACAGCGAAACGGUCUCGGCUGCGGCGCCAGCACUCAGUAGACCAGAUACGCCGCCACCUCCCCCGCCCGCUUCGUCCCGUCAACCUGUCGUCGGCGCGGUCUCCAAAGCUGCCACUGCAGUCGACAGGGGUAAAAAACCGCCUUUACCCCCUCACGCGCCUGUGGCGACGGCGGGCGACGGUUUUACUACGCGCCGACGCCUAGUGUACGAGGAAAAUCGCGGUGGCCGACUUCCGCCACCACCGCCGCUGCCGUCUGCCGGCAGUCGUGCGUCCCUACAGUCGCGGUCGCCCGCCGCUGUCAUGUCGCGACCCGAUCGCCGGGCCGGUCUACUUGAGACCGACUUGGACUCGAACGUCACCAGGACUUCGUCAUCGUCUUUAACGAUAGGCGGCGGAUGCAGUCCCAACAAAAAGGCACGCAGCCUUCUCGACCUGGGCGCGUCGUCUGGCAAACUGUCGCUGGCGCCCACCGACCUCAGCAGGCAACCCGUCGAAGCGUCGCCUUCGGCGGAAUAUCGGGCCAAAUCAAUGGAAUUUCUACUGGACAAAGAAAACCAAGCGGCCGUUCAGGUACCAGAAAAUGAACUCCGCAAAGGGACAGUCAACCGAGGCGAGCGUAUGCUGUCUGAACAUGAACUACGUAUCCAACGUUCGUUACAACGGCUAAAUCUUCCUGAAUGGUACAAGACAAACCACGUGCCCGCUCAAGGGUUUUUGUUGAAAAGGCACAGUGAUGCCGGUCAUACGACUAGCAUGUCGAGUUUGUCGUCCACCCAGUCGCAGUCUCCUAAAGCACAUUCUAAUCACAAUAAUUCGUCGCUGCUUAGUCCCCAAACGCAUGCUGCGACCAAAAACUUCUCGCGCUGGAGUACUAGCCGUCUCAAUGGAGGAACACAUUCAAAUAGUACAUCUCCUUGUAGCUCAACACGAUCGUCGUUUAAUUAUCGACAACCCUAUUUGGGUUGGAGGUCUCAAGAGAAAUUGUCCAAGCCUAGAACUCCGGCUGAACGACUCGCCGCAGGACUACUUGCUCAACAACAUCAUGAACAGACCAGUCAAGCCAACUUGUCGGAAGUACAAUCAUCGAUAAAGGAAGUGACGUCAGCCAUUGCUAAUUAUGUAUCUUCCUCAUCUCCAGAUGGUAGUAAAGAAAGAUUAAAUACAGACUACCAUGACACCUCUUCGCGAUGUCCAUCUCUCAGAGGCAGCACAGGUCGUUUAUGUUGGCUAGAGAGCUCAUUUGUGGGUAACAAAAGACCGAGUCUAACUAGGGAUACACCUCCAUCAGAAAAUAGGACACCACCGCAACCAUAUAAGACGACUGUACCCACCAAGCCGACCCAAAAAGCAAGUGGAUGGGUCAAUGUUUCAGAUAACGCACAGCAACAACGGCCCGGGCGCUCGAGUGAAGAUCUGAAUUGCGUCGCUUACGAGCCAGGCACUAUCCGCUGCCGGAACUCUGAGUGCCAGCGUUCUGCGACGGUAGCCGAGGCACGGCGUACGUUUAAGACGUGCCACAACUGCAACCAUAUGUACUGUUCGCGGCGAUGCCGUCGCGCCCAUUGGCAGGACCACCGGAAGAUAUGUCUGAACAGGCGUACGGCCACGCUUUGCCAGUCGGUAGUAGACGCGGUCAAAGGCAAUGAGGCGUGCUUGGACCGACUAUCGACUAUAGCGCGACGCGGUUUUCUUUCACAUGGGCGCGGGGCUGUAAAAUGCCAUUUUUCCGGCAUAGAACUGGCCGGCAAGUUCGUGCGGGACGGCGGCAAUCAGCAGUGCGAACCGGUAUAUGCCAAGUGGACGGAAAUCGACCCAGAACUGGAUCGGCUCGAGCAGCUGUGCAAAACGUAUAACCCUGACACGCGGUUUGUGCUGUACGUGUCAGUGUGCGUGCAAAGCGAGGUGCCCGGGCCCGGGCCCGUGCAGUGGGAGCGACACGUAGUCUAUAAAUUCGUUAAGCUCCGACUGAGCAAAAACCUACGCACUGUCAACUACGGCGGCGACGGCCCUAGCCGACGUAAUUCCGCUGCAGACAUCAGCGGCCCGGACACGCUUAUCUUGACCUCGUUGCCGGGACGCAAGCGCGGUGUCCACAAGUCGCGUCAGGUUUGCUUCACCAACAUACAAAGGCAUCUGCGGCAAAGGGGUGUCGAGCUUCGUCAACAUUUCCCUGACGUUUACCAGAAACUUUUGGAGUACGUUGAAGGGCCGAACGCCUUGUCGUUCACACCCGUCACAGUUUAUCCGCGUGACAAACAUUCUGGCAAAACGUUCAUGUGCAUCAUAAUGCCAGACGCAGAACCCGAAAAACUAAGGUUGCUGCCCGAAGACAGCAGCACAGUUCAGACAAUCGACAUCGGUCAAGAAGAAACCGAAGAGUGAUCUCUCCGGCUAACAGGACAACAGGGUGUCCCACGUCGUGAAUUGAUAGAUUCCUGUUGUAGCUCUCUUAGAUAAAAAAAGAUUUUAACGCGUUCCGACUGUACUUUUUUUUUAGCAGCAUCACUUUCAAAAAAAUCCGUGGUAAAUUACACCAUGGAAAACAAUAGAUAUCUUAUAGCAUAGCGCCCAUUGAACUAUAUAUUCUAGUUUCCGGUAACUUUUGAGUAAUCUAUACAUUUCUAGACUAUCAAUGACUUUAACUUGUAUAUUUUCAAAUUAUGAUUUUCUAUCUACGAUAAAAUUUCACAAACAAUAAUUUUAAUAAAGAUAUAUUUUAUGAACUGAUACAUUUUAAAAUAAAUAAGUAAUGGAACAGUGUUACCUCAAGAAAACGGUAAAUCCCAACUAUUACGAUUUUAGAGAUAUUUAUAUUGGUAAAUAUAAAAGUACCUAUAUUAUUUUAAACUAGCGAUUGAAAACGUUAGCAAAUGUUUAUAAGGGACGAAAUGGCAUUCUCUUGUUUCAUUUGCAUUUUUCAUUUUUAGUAACGUAUAUACAUUUUUUUUUGAAACGUUUUUAAAUGUAUAAAUCAUUAUAUAUCUGAGUCUUGAGAGAACUAUUACAGUGAGUGUUUACUAACCGUGGGACAUCGUGUAUUUAAUAUUUUACAAUUUAUUAUAUUGUUUUUUUCGUACGUAGUACGUGUACUUGUUAUAUAUAUUAUAUAAAUUAAUAGUAAUAUUUACUAUCAUUUUUUCUAUCUACUGUAUUAUUAUAACUCGUUACACAGACUGGAAUAUUAAUAUUAUAUACGGAUUUAAGUAGAAAUAAUAUGCAUCUUGUUUAUUUUUGUAUAUUUUAACCGAUAAUUUAGCAAUGCAGUUAGGUCGGAGCUUCAUCGCUGUUUGCCUAUCUCUAAAAUUACAUUUGACAGUGCCGAAUGCGAUAUUAUACUGCUAUUUUUCCAUAAAUUAGCACAUUUUAUUAGUAUUUUUCUGGUCAUGGUUCUUACUUAUAGUUUAUAACACGGUUUUAGAAUUUCUUAAUCAAACUAAUGUAAGAUUACUAUUAACUUAUUUUUCAGUUCGCAUUAUAAUAGUGUUAAAAAAAUGUAUACUUAUAAAAACAUAUUGAAAUACAUAUUGGAUAUAUUAUAAAACUGUAAAUGUGAUUUGGGUCAAGAAGAGUCAAUGUUAAUUGUUACUUCGAGCUACAUUCAGUUAAUGACGGUCAAACGGUGUUAUGCUUAUGAAUAAAGGAAAUCAAUGUUCAAAAUAUUAUAAAUCAUAUUGGUCAAAAAGCGAUAUUGACCCUUCUUGAGCCAUACGACAGCUGAUGUAUCUAAUAUUUAUUUUAUAUUUUAAUAACACAACGGUGAUAGUGAUGAUAAUAUUCAACUCUUAUUAAUUGUUAAU